AUGAAAAUCUUUGUGUUAUUCACCAUUUUCAUCUUGAAAUCCACGUUUGCCGCGAAAAUUUCAAAUUUGGAGGCAAAAGCUGUCGCCUACACCCUGAUUAUUGACGCCAAAAAUGGGUUGAUGACUAUGGAGGAGCUCAAGAAAAUAUUUUUCCAUGAAUAUGUUGUCGUAUGCAGGGUUCCGAACUGGGUCGGUUCUUGGGGCAGAUCGGGUCUGGUUCGAGUGGGUUGGACCCAGAUCCAGAACAAACAAAUGGAUGAACUACCCAGAACCGAACCCGAAAAAACAGUUCUGGUUCAGACUCGACUCAAACCCGACUCGAACCAGACCCACCCAGAACCAAACCCAUUUUUGGAGAACCAACCCAGACCCAGACUCAAUGGAUCAGACUCGGGUAAGACUCAAACUCAUUCGAGAAUCAAAAAUAUCCACCCGAACCAAUUCAACCCAAAUCCAACUCAAAUCCAAACCAUGUGGACUCGGGUACCCGGGUAA